UGGUUCAAGAAAAUCUUCCGCAGCAUCCAAUUGUGAAAGUGAUGAUGAUAUUGAUAGAUAUUUCACAUUAUCAAAAUUACAUCAACAAGAACAAGAUAAAAUAAAUGAAAAUAAUAAUGUUCAAACACAUACUGUUGGUCCCGGACAAGUUACACCAAGAAAUUAUGAAAAUAUGAUUAAUGAUUAUAUAUAUAUGGGACAAAUUCAACUUGGUUUAAUUGUUACAAAAGGAUUAUUAGAAAUAGAUGUUAUUUGUGCCAAAGGACUAGAACGAGUUAUUAUUGAUAAUGAUAAUAAUCAUCAUGCAGCUAGAACUGAUGAUAUUCCACCUGAUACUUAUGUUAAAACAUAUCUUCGAACGGGUACACGUCGAGUACAAAAACGUAAGACAGCUACUAUAAAAGCAAAUUACAAUCCUGAAUAUCACGCAAAAUUAAAAUAUAAUGCUUGCAAUGUUAUGGGUCGUCGUCUUCAAGUAACAGUAUGGCAACGUGCUGGUAAAUUUGAAAAAAAUCAAUGUAUUGGAGAAGCAUUUAUUCAACUUGAUAAUUUAACAUUAACUCAACAUACUCUAGCUUGGUAUAAAUUAUUUCGAGAAAAAUUAGUUGAAAGCGAAUUUUAUGAUUCAAGUUGA